AUGGCAAACUUCUCGAUUGAGUGGCUUUCCAGGAGUUAUUAUGAGGAGACUAAGGAUGCUGCGCUCCAUUCAAAGGUCCAUGACAGCUGCGGUUACACAUCGGGGUCUGAGAGCGAGGUGGCAGAUGACAGCGAAGAGGAGGCCACCCAGCAAAGAAGGAUGAGGACUAAGUUCACCUCCGAGCAAAUCAGGAAACUGGAGAGCACCUUCAGCAAGCACAAAUACCUGGGUGCUACACAGAGGAGGAAGUUUGCUGAGAAGCUGAACCUCUCCGAAACUCAGGUGAAAACAUGGUUCCAGAACAGGAGAAUGAAGUUAAAGCGGGAGGUUCAGGACGUACGCCCUGAGUUUCUGUCGGUCCCCGCGGCUCUGCUGCCUCCUCUGCUGUUUCAGCACCACGUCCUGAGCGGACAGCUCCCCUCCGGCAGUGGCUUCUACCCGCAGCUGCAGCCGCUCCACAGGACGGCCCCGCCCGCUCCCCUGCACCCGGUCAUCCUGGCUCCACACUUCUACUGA